GUAAAAAUCAUUGUUAAAUGCAUUUUAUUUAAUGUAAACAAUUACAAAAUGGAACCUUUUCAGUCAAGUUCAACAAUCCAAAAUUAUGAAUUUUCUGAUGAUAUACUACAUCUUAGACAAAGAAUAAACAAUAAAUUAGAAUCGUUAGACUCGAUUUCUUCUAGAGUACAAGAUUCCAUCGAUAAUCUGUCAUAUAGAAAAUUCGAUAUGAAAUUCUGGAAUUUGUUUCUGAGUAUUAAUUUAUUUUUUGGGCUUUUGAUAACGUUUAUUAUAUUUGGAUAUUUGAUUUCUGACGAAGAAAGUUCAGAAAAUCGGCUGGCGAAUGAAGCGAUAUUAAUAUUUUUGUUAACUACAAGUUUGACCGUGUGCAUACCUUACUACUUAUAUCAACUGACAGAAAUUGAAGAAACGGAUCAACACAUUCCUGAAAAUGAAAGGAAAUGUUAGGAUUUUGAAAAUAAAAACUGAAGAGUUUCUCAUAAAUACAAAAUUUAUCAGUAUUUCUUUUUAAAUAAAUCAUCAUCAUUCAUGAGAGUACGAGAUUGGGUACAUUCUAG